AUGGCACUCUCCGAACACGCAGCGUCGCUGCUAGCCACCUUUUCUCUCCUGACCGCGACGAUCAGUUACCUCAUCAGUCCUAAUCUACAAAAAUCGUUCCUUCAAGGUGUCAAAUGGAACAUCUGGUUUUUCUCUCCAUUCCGGUCCGGUGCAAUUGCCACGAAUGUAGUCACCCUGUUAAUCGGCUACAGAAUGUUGAACAUUGCUGAAACACAUGUUGGCCUAGCGCUCCUCGUACACAAUGGUUUUCCACCUCAUCUCGGACAUGGGUCCUGGUCGUGUUUCGCACGGCGUGCAUUUCUCACUGGAGCAACUCUCCCCUUGUACAUGAUGCUGCUAGCGUCAACGCAGGAUCGAACGAACCAAGUCAUUACGACGUCAUUAAUCGCACAGACCAUGCUGGCUGAGCUCUCGACGAUUUACAGUGUGGCUUCGUAUGAACUCCGUGAAGGCUGGCCUCGCCGUGUAUUGGUGGAGGGAUCUGUCUUUUCUGCCGAUCGUCUCACACAAGACCAUGGCAAAAACAAGGGCGAAGCGAGUAGAUCUGAGAAAAGAAACGAGCAUAGAAACAUUGCACCGACCCCUGUUCUAACAGAUAAUCUCUGCGAUCGCAUACGCCAGCUCUCACUAUCAGCGGCUGAACCAUAUGCCAAACCCGCCUCACAGUCCUUUCCUUUAGGGCAGACUUCCAAAUUAAAAAUGGUCUAUGAUCCAAAUGUCCCCGCCCAAUGGACGUGUGGGCACUGGCGUUGUCUAAUUUACGUGAUCUUGCACAUAUCUGUGCGUGCAAUCUGUUGGUCGUGGUCAUUGAUCGAGGUUGGGUCUACCACCUGGCUUUUACACUGCGAACUGGGGCCAGUGAUUCUCCAACUUGCCGGCAGGUUGCUGGAAGGAAACAUCUUAAAUGGCGUGCUCUCCACGCUAUACGACUUUUGUGCUGCUUUGUUCAUAUUCCUAUUCGUCUACAUUGCCUCCAUAUUACUAGUCAUCCGCCUUCUCUUUUUUACGCCCCUGGUUACUCGUCUGGUUGACCAAAUCCAUAUCCUACAACGGAUCCAGUGGAAAUUCCAAGACCUUGCCGAAGUCGCUCCAAUCAUCUACCAGGUUCUCAAAGCCUUAAUUAUACUCUUCCUACCUGGAAUUUCGAGUUAUUAUGGAGCUCUAGCCCUAGCAUCACGUGCUAUCGGUUUAACACAGGAGAAACUCUCGUGCGUUCUCGAGAUCAUAUUGAUUUUAAUCCUUUACAUUACAGUAUACCGCCUUGCUGUUGUUUCGGAGCCAAAUGCAGCCCCUGACAGCAGUUCAAACACCACUGGCUCAGGCCCGGCACACUCUGAUCAAAAGGAAAAUACGGGCUGGGCCGAGUCUGGAUUCCCUCAAAAUCCGGAGGAACUUUUUUCUGUGAUAUUCCGAUUAUCUAUUGUCGUCCCCACCUUGGCCGUUUGGAUUUUCCUUUAUCGUUAA